GAAGCGGCCCCGGAGGCAGUCGUCGUCGUCGUCGUUCGGCUUACUGCGAUUUCGCGCCCGCUCUCCCUCUCUCGGCACCAGUGAGAGAGCGCUGACUCGUUUGACAACCCGCUCCUGCGGAGCUCUGGUUUCAGUUCAACGAGGGCGACGCGACACGACGGACGGAUAAAAUCGGUCGUUCCUGCAGCUGCUUCGUGCGCGCGCGUGUGUGUGCAUCGUCGUUGUGUGGGUGUGUUUGUGUAGCGUUUUGCUAAUAAUUAUACUCUGGCUUGCACAGAGUGUGAUAAGGCCCCGUCGAGGAAAAUUUUCGUCCCGUUGUCCGCGGAAUCGAGUCGGUCGGUCGGUUGGUUUUUGGUUCUCCGGGUGAUUCCGUCGCGUUUUCCCCGGUUUCGGCACGUCCGUCGUCGAGGGAGUUGUCAAAAGUAUUUCGUUCGCGUUGCUUUCUGGAAGUGAAAAAAGAAGUUCGCACCUGCCAAUCGUAGCAAGCCGCAAAUAUCCUUGCCGAACCGGAAGCUGCAGCCCGAAAAGGUGCGCGAAAGCCAGUCGAAACUUCCGGAAGUUCUGUGUCGCUAGAGUCCAGAGAUCGAGUCCGGAAACGACACCACGAGGCCCAAUAGAAUCAACGUCGCGUCGAAUUCUGUGUUUUUUUUUUCGUUGUCGAAGGAAAAAGGGUUGUGAAAAGCUCGACUUGGAGGAACCGUUAGAAAAAAACACAAAGAAACGUUUUCAAUUUCGUCCAGUCCUGUCUCGGAAAAAAAAUCUGUGAUUUGUGAAAGGAAACAAGUGAAUAAGAAAAUGUCUUUAAUUUAAAACAAAAGUGGAAACUGUCUGAAAGAGUUCAUACUGUCCCGGCUCUGAAUCGCUUCAAAUUUGGCCCCGCAAAAUCGCCCCAAUUCAGCGUGUAUUUGAUGCGUCCAAACAGUUCCGUGUACGAUCGGUAUCGCUGGAAAAAGAUGGACCAACAACCGUUGGAGCGAAAUCAGGCCAAAAGUGGCGGCGGAGGCGGUGAUAGCGAGGGUGGUCACAAAAUUCCGGUGCUCACGGGAGGGGCGACGACCACCAGCGGGUCGCCUCCCCGGACGGGUUCGGGAUCGGCGGCGGCGUCGUCGGCCGGAAGCGGUACCACACCCGUGGCAGCGUCGCCAUCGCGACGGGCCGGAAAGCGGAAGAAUUCUGCAAUAAAUCUACCGUCAGGCCACGUGGCAGCCCGGAAACGGCGCAAACUGCAGCAGGCCCAGCUCAAGGUGGGGGAACCGCCCUCGGGGACUGGAGGCGGUGGUGGUGGCGGUGCGGACCAGGUCCCCCAAACCAAGAACACCGUUGCGGUGCUGAACGAGCUGAAGCGCAAUCUGGUGUACAACCUGGAGUCCCAGUCGGGGCCGGUGCACGCGCCGCUCUUUACCAUGUCCGUCGUGGUUGACAGCCAGAAGUUCAUCGGCCACGGUCGGAGCAAAAAGUUGGCCCGGAUCGAGGCCGCUGCCGCGGCUCUCCGGAGCUUCAUCCAGUUCAAGGAUGGCGCCACGUUGACGCCGAUCAAGCCGCUCCAGAACGUGGACUUUACCAGCGACGAUCCGAUGAUCGAGAACAGCAUCUUCCCGCUGUCGGACCCGGUGGCGGUGCUGCCGGAGCAGAUCGAGACGGUGACGCCGGAGAAGAAGUCGGCGGAGCGGAAGUCCAGCUCGGAGAAGGGGUCCAAAGAGCAGAACGGCCACAACAACAACAAUAAUAACAAUAACAACAACAAUACCAACAACAACAACCACUCAACAAACAACAGUAAUUCCCCUUGUCAGCCCAAUCCACAUUCGAAUUUCAGCCAUCAUAACAAUACUACCACUAGUUACUAUCACCAAAACGCUAGCCAUAACAAUACUACUAGUUUAAACAGCAACUGCAAUAGCCACAACACUACUUCCGGUUAUUCCCCGUCCCAUCCUCCCGGGCCCUUUUACAAGGGCCCAUCACAGUCCCAUCACGGUCACAAUCCUAACCUCAAUCAGUCACAAAAUCACUACACGAGUUACAAUCAGCAACAACAACAUCAACAAUACGUACCAAAACAAUAUCACCAUCAACAACAACAACAACACCACAAUCAUAGUCAGGUGGUGCCACAUCCGCAACCGUUGUUAGCGCAGCCAAUGCAUCACCACCACCACCACAAGAACAAUAGCUACAACAGUAACAACAACAACAACAACCACAUCGGCAAAAAUGGUGGUGGCACUGUGAAAGCCUACGCCGCGGCCAACUCCAACUCCUUCUCCACCACCACCAUCACCAAUAUUAACAAUACUACCACAACAGCAGCAACAACCAAUAGGAACAACAACAACAACAACUACAGCUGCAACCAGAACAACAGCAACAACCACCAACAGAACAAUCGCAGCAAUCCGUCGUCGUCGUCGUCGGUGACGGCAGUGGUGGCAGCGGCGCCCCAAACGUCAAAUGUCACGCUAAGCCCCUCCCCCUCCUCCGCGGUCCCGAUACAGCCGCCGCUGCUGCAAUCGCAGCAGGCCGCGGCGGCCGCCCCAAACGCGCAAAACGGGCACCGGCAAGUGGUUGAAAAAAUUCAGCAAAGUUUAGAUCUAUUUAAAAAUUCCAAUGAAAAGAAUGUAGCAUGGAAGAAGCGAUUAGAAAAGCUGAAGGCAUCCGCGGUGAACGCGUCCCGGAACGUGGCCCCGGGCCAACCCCCGAAACCGCAGCCCGAGAAGGGCCCCGUCAUGCUGCUGCACGAGCUCUUCACCGACGCCCACUUUGAGUGCGUCUCGACGGACGGCCUGCAGCACUCCAAGUUCACCGUGGUCGUGUCCGUGGACACGCAGCGCUUCGAGGGCACCGGCCCGUCCAAGAAGAUGGCCAAGAACGCGGCGGCCAAGGCGGCCCUCGCCUCGCUCUGCAACAUCUCGUUCAGCCCGCUGCAGCAGGCCAAGUUCGGCGUGAUGAACUCGUCCGGAAUCGGCGGCGGCGGUGGAGGCGGUGGCAUCGGUCCCGGCGGAACCGGUGGCCUCAACACCGGAGGGCUCAACCCGGUCGCGAUGAUGGGUGGGUUCGGGUCGAACGGGGACCUCGGACAGUGCUGUGACCACCAGGGCAAGAACGUGGAGCUGCCGCAGACGUUUGCCGAUUCGGUUGGAAAGUUGGUCAUCGAGAAGUUCAACGAGGUGAUGAAGGGCAACGAUGUGUACUCGCGGCGGAAGGUGCUGGCCGGCAUCGUGAUGACGCAGGGCUAUGAUGUCAAGUCGGCGAAGGUCAUCGCCCUCGCCACCGGCACCAAGUGCGUCAGCGGCGAGCACAUGAGCGUCACCGGUUCCGUGAUCAACGACUCGCACGCCGAAAUCAUCGCCCGGCGGGGUCUGCUGGACUUUUUCUACACCCAGCUGGACCAGCACUGCAAACAGGCGGCGGCGGCUGCGGCUGCGUCGACCAAUAACGGCAAUAACAAUAACACUGUUGCUCAACAAAAUGGGAAAAAUGGCGAACAACCGGAAGCGGCGGAACCCGAGCCGAGCAUCUUCGUCCGGCCGACGGACGGUUCGUCCAAGCUGUACCGGCUCAAGGACGGCAUCUACUUCCAUCUGUACAUCAACACGGCCCCGUGCGGAGACGCGCGGGUGUUUAGUCCGCACGAGAACGACAACAUGGACGUGGACAAGCACCCGAACCGGAAAGCCCGCGGCCAGCUGCGCACCAAGGUGGAAUCGGGCGAAGGGACGAUACCGGUCAAGAGCAGCGAGGGCAUUCAGACGUGGGAUGGUGUCCUGCAGGGGCAGCGUCUGCUGACGAUGUCCUGCUCGGACAAAAUAUCACGCUGGAACGUGCUCGGCUUGCAAGGAUCGCUGCUCGCGUCCGUGAUCGAGCCGAUCUAUCUGCACUCGAUCGUGCUGGGCAGCUUGCUGCACCCGGCGCACAUGUACCGCGCCAUCUGCGGCCGCGUCGAGAACUCGAUCCAGGGCCUCCCGCCGCCGUACCGGCUCAACAAGCCGCGCCUCGCCCUCAUGACGUCGGCCGAGUCGCGCAACCAGACGAAACCGCCCAACUUCAGCAUCAACUGGGUCAUCGGCUGCCAGGAGGUGGAAAUCGUCAACUCCUUCACCGGCAAGCUCAUCAACAACAACACCAACACCAACAAGAUGUCCCGGCUGUCGAAGCAGUCCUUUUACCGCCGGUACGCGGCCAUCAUCGAGCGACUGCCGGAACCGGCGCCGGUGCUGCGGGAAGUGCUGCCGACGUACUUUGAAACGAAGAUGGCCGUGCCGGAGUACCAGCAGGCGAAGAAGGAGCUGUUUGCGGCUUUUGCGAAGGAGGACCUGGGCGACUGGCUGAAGAAACCGAUCGAGCAGGACCAGUUUACGCUGAUUCCGCCCAAGCCGGAGGAGCUGGCGCUGGUACAGCAGCAGAACCAGGCCGGCAACAAUGGGGUGGCCCCGGUCGGCAAUGGGAACGGACCGACGCAGGGUGGCAAAUGACACGGGGGGAAGCAUGCCGGCAAGCAGGGCAAGUAGAAGGGCGCUACUUGCUGGGUGGACGGUGUAGGUCGGGAUGAUUCUCGAGAGAGUCUAGUUUUAAGGUUUAAAGGCUGUUUCUUUUUUUGUCGUGUAACCUAGGAUUAGGUUGGUUGUUUUGAUUUUAUUUGAACCGUUUAAGUUUUCUGUUAGCUGUGCAGAAUUGUAGGCUUAACUGUACCGGACGCAAAGCAGACGCAAAGCCGUAGCUCGGUCGUCUGAACAAGUGAGAAAAGAUUGACGAAAAAGCUGCGUCAAAGCGAAUAAUUUAACUGAUUUUUAAAGAAUCUGUAACUAACCUUCCCGAAGAUGUUUAGGGUAGAAAGUACUCUAGUAUUUCACAUUAAAUGUAGUUGUUUUGAUUGAUCAUUUACUCAGAGGGCACGUUCCUCCUCCUGCCGAAUCGUCCAGAUCUCGUGACCAUAGAGGAUUCUGUGGAGGUUUCCGUAAUCCGUAUGCACAAUUCCCUGCAAAAUACGAGUCCGGAUCUCUUUGCUGGUGCCGAUGACGGUGGUUACCAGCGAUCCUGCCUUCUUCAACUCAUCACCAUCCACAGCUUUCGUUAAACUUACCAAUUUCCUAAACAUUGAGAAUUUUCUUCAAAACUAGAUCAUUUUAGAACAAAACAAAGACCGUUUCGAGUAAAUCUUACCAAAACAAAGCAAACUUGUUGGAAAAUUUGCCUGAACAGAAGCAAAACAAAGUGCCAACUGUCAUGGCAACGAGUGCCCAGUGAUGUGCUUUGUUUACGAAUUGACGCUGCUCCGAGGGGUAAGACACUUCGAUAUUUUUUUUUUUUAGUUUUGUAUUAUUAUUUAUUUGACUUUUUUUUUAAAAAAAAAAGAUCGAUCAAAACAACUAAAUUUCUAGAAAAGCAAACUCGGUGAAAACUCAUAAACAAGAAAACAUCGGCGAUUUAUACAGCCGACAUAAUUGUGUAAAAAUCCAUCAAAACAAACCCCAACAAAACCAGCAAGUUCUACAACAACAAAAAUCCACUAAUCAACUCGUAUUUAACCACAACAUUUAACCACCCCCGUUCUUCGCCAGUAAGUAGAGUUCAAACAAAAAGAAAGCAAAAAACAAGUACAUCAAUUAAAAGUAAACAAAGUAAACCAAGUUGUAAAAGAAAUAACUCGAAGAGAAGGAAACCCGUGUGAUAUAUUUCAAGUAAAGAUAAUAUUUCAGUAAUUAUUCAAAUUUAACAAGCGCGCGCACGCACGCAGCGUGCGGACCCCAUUGAAAAUCGACUGAAACACAUAGACAGCAAGUGCGAACAAACAGUGUUGUGCAUGUGAGAGUGUUUUUUGUUGCUUUGAGCGGUUUGACAGCUGACGGUUGGUAGGUUAGGUUGCCAAAUGUCAAACAUUUGGCAACCUAACCUAACUUUGCAAAUCUUGCAAGUAAAGUUGUGUGAUUGAGACUCAUUUUUUUUUGUUUUAGUUCAGCGUGUAGUUGCAAGGUAAACAAACGAAUAGCACGUAGUACAAGUUUUUUGUUUUGAGUUUAAGAUUUUUUUCGAGGUUAUGUUUAGGAUUAGCGAAACGCACGUUUUAACCGGCAGACAAACAAAAACAAACGGAACGAAUACACCAAUGGUAGAGCGAAAGGAAUGAAGCAGCAGCAAAGUGUAGACUUACUAUAGUAAACAAACAAUGCAGACACAAACGUCACUUUUAGUAGGCCUUGAACGUUACUUACCGUUAUCGACUCGGUUUUGGGUGUAUUUUACGUUUUAAUCUUGGCAGCGCAGCGGCAGUAGGCCGUGAGAAUCUCUCUCCUUUUGUGCUUUCCAGCAGCAGCAGUGUUAGUGACAGAUCUCUUCCCGUGAGUGAGUGUGCGUGAGAGCGUUAAUGAGCGAGUGAGAGCGAGAUUUCCCCCACACAGUUUCGCCCCCAGAAUAUUUGUGUAUGUGUAAAUGUCGAUAAUAAAUUGAAAUAUUUACUGUGAUAUUAAUCUUUACUUCAAAUAUUGACAUUCGUAUUAGGGAGUAGAAAUGUCAAAUGAGCGUUAAAUGGUUAAAGAAAAAUCAACCAACAAAUAUUCAAACCGACGAACGGAAGGCGUUAAUUAGCGAAAGUAACGUAAAGUCUAACAUUAUUAAACAAAAAAGUAACAGUUAAGAAUUUAUCUUCCUUCAAAACUUAUCCGAUCGUUGCGCAUUAAACAAAAAGUAAACAAAAACACUGCUAGUAAACACAACGCAAAGCACGAGGAAGCUGUCCGUCCGGUCGCCCGGCCGAAAGUCGCCCGAAAGUUGAAUAAUUUCAGUAAAAAACAAACCCGCAAAAAUUAGCACUGCAAAUUGGUCAAUUUUCCCACCGUGUGCGCAAACUAGUGCGACGGACAGCUUCGAGCUCACCAAUACAUUCACAACACCCAUACCUUAAGCGACACACCUUUUCAUUCGAAAUCUUUAGCGAAAAAAAAAUGAAUAAUAAAUAUUACCAGAGAUCAGCUUGUUUGCCUAGACAGAAUUUCAAGAUAAACUAAAUAAAUCUUACACAUUUUAACUUAUUAUCUAACCCAACAAAACAACAACAACAACAACAAAAUGCAUCAAGCGUACGCUUUAGAUUUUUCUUUUCUUACUUCUGACUCACUCGAAACGCACACCAACACAUCGGUAGCGAAGCGCUGGUUGGAUCUACCUUACCGAUCGCCUUUUCUUUCGACAAGCACGAUACAACGACGCCCGUCGGUAAGGUAGACCUUGUUUUUUUUCCUUUCCGGUUGAGGGAAGUUGGGAAAAGAAAAAUUUUAAGUGGCUUAACGAAACAUGAUUAAAACUUACCAAAUAAGUAGCAAUUGCGGAAACGUAGAACGUUGAAACGAGCGUUUGCAGAAAGUAGUUGAAUUGACAGCUUUCGCGUUGGGAAUCGAAGCUUGCCGGAAGCGGCGCGGGUUCGAUUCUCGCCGGGGGCAAACUUGUUUUUCUCACGCUCCUAUUUUUAGCCAAUAAAGCAAACCGAAUAUAAAAUGAUCAAGGUUGUUAAUCGAUGGAAUUAUCGUCUAACGAUAACGAUAAUGGUUAUCGUUAUCGUCGGGACGAUAAC